AUGGCUUCGGCAAGCGACAUCCUCACCCUCAUCAGCUCUCUGGCCCUCCGCCUGAGCAUAUGGAUCUUCUUGCGAUGGAUACCUACAACUAUUGUACCCGCACUCGCAACCGCACUCACGCUUGUCUACAUCCCAUCCUUCUUCACGAGCUUCCAGGAUACAGCCCAGUACAAGAUCAUAUCCGAUGAGCUUGACAUUAUCGUUAAGGAAACUAUGGGUGGCAAGAGCGAUGACUCGAGCGACGACAUCAAGCUCAUUGACGGCGCAGACGAGGGUCCGUUGCAGGAGCUAGAUGUUCAGGAAACCGUGCAGUAUGAGGAGAGGGAGCCCAAGGUACUGCGCACUCUCCUCACUGGGCUCCCGAGUCCUUCGUCGGCGCUAUGGAGCUGGAUCACCUUUAGCAUCAAUAUAGCCCUGAUUGCUAUGGCCUUAGAUGUCGUUUAUCGCGCGCCGUUGCUCCACCAGUGCCAUGACGCGAGCUUUGCCCGUGUCGGAUACGUGUCGGAGAAUAGUGCGAAGAUUCUGGUCAGAGAGCCUUUCGCCUUUGAUGUGAGGGUUCUCUAUCGCUCCAUCGACGAAGCCAAACGCUCUUGGAUGCACAAAACACACCGCGCGAGCCAACCAGACUACUGGCUCACCAACGAGACCGACUUUACCACUGUCCUCAGCCUCGACCAUCUACGCCCCGACCUGGCUUACGAGUACAUUGUCGAGACGUCGCGUGGAAACAUUACUGGUACCUUCACAACCGCACCACGGCCAGGUCACAUUUCACUGCUCAAAGACAACAAAUACACUUUCGUCCACUCGAGCUGCAUCAAACCCCGCGUCCCAUACACGCCGUUUCAGCACCCCCUCGAGUUCCCGGGCAUGAAGCACCUUGCACGCUGGCUUCCCGAGCUCAAACCUUAUUUUAUGCUUUUCCUCGGUGACUUUAUCUACGUUGAUGUCCCACACCGUACUGGCAGCGACGCCGAGACUUACAGACGCGAGUACCGUCAAGUAUACUCCUCACCGUCCUGGCCAGCAGUCAGUCGGAAUCUCCCCUGGAUCCAUGUGAUUGAUGAUCAUGAGAUUCAGAAUGAUUGGAAUAGCAACAUGACGGGUGUGGCGGUCCCAGCUUACGAUGCCUUUACACACUACAACGGUGCUCCCAAUCCACCUCCACAUCGCCCGGGUGUCACUUACUUUUCCUUUACUCAAGGUCCUGCCGAGUUUUUCCUCCUGGACACUCGCCGAUAUCGCAGUCCUGCUAACAAAGACCCCUGGGACGCUUCCAAGACUAUGCUGGGUGCCGAGCAGCUAUCUGAUCUUCUUUCAUGGAUCAAGAAGGAGCCGCCAGCCGGCGUGCACUGGAAAUUCAUCGUCACUGGCACACCCUUUACUAAGAAUUGGCAGUUUGGGUCCGAAGAUACGUGGGGUGGGCAUUUGUCUGAACGUAGGAUGAUUCUGGAAGCUGCAUGGGAUAUGUCAUCUACACAUGAUAUUGGUAUGGUGGUACUAAGCGGCGAUCGCCAUGAGUUCGCUGCCACCUCGUUCCCACCGCCCAAAGACGGCAAAUGGCCCAUCAGCGCCACGGUACAUGAGUUCAGCACUAGCCCGCUGAGCAUGUUUUACCUCCCCUUCCGCACUUACAAGGAGAUUGACGAUGAGGAUGUGUGCUUGAAGUAUCUUCCCGAUGGCAACAGCAAGUUUGGCGCCGUUGAAAUCACGACGCCCGAGCAUGGUGAACAGAGCUUUGUCACGUAUCGGUUGUUCAUAGAUGGCGAUGAAGCCUGGACACACGUCAUCAGUACGCCUCCAGGAAGAGCGGGUAGUCAUAGGGCCAAGGAUGCGUUAUGGGGAUGA